CGCGUGCGAGCACACAAGUUUCGUCCAAGGGCAGGUCGUAGUCGUAUCUUGCUUGCACCUCUCCAAAGGGGCAAAGACUAGCUAGUGCACCUCGGUUCAACGCCCGCCGGCCUUUCCCCUCGCCCUCCCAUUCAACGCUCGACCUCCAUCUCACCAGCUCCCAAACCUCGCAUGCACUCCUCCAUGUCCGGAUCAGCAGCGGGAGGACAAGGCCCCGGCGUCGUUGGCCUGUUCUACGGCGGCCAUCCGCCUGCCGCCGACGGCGACGACGACGUCUUCUUCCAGAGUCAUUCAGCGUCCGGCGGCGGUGGCGACGAUGGUGGUGUCACCCCGUCGGCCUACUCCAGCAUCACCGACUACCUACAGGGGCUUCUCGACCCCGCGGAGCUCGCCAGGCAGCUCGACGCGCCAGCGCCACCGUGCUUCCCGACGGCGGCCGAAGUGAUCGGCGCCGAAGCGGCCCCUUUCACGCCCAACUCGUCGACGUCCGGCGAGGCGGCGGGGUGCAAGAGAGGCAGCCCGGCGCCGGAGGAGGGAGACGAGGAGGGAUCGGCCGGUCAUGGCAGCUGCAGGAGCGACGAGAAGGAGCAGAAGAAGAAGGUGAAGGGGGAGAAGAAGGCGCGUGGCUCCCGUGUGGCCUUCGCGACCAAGAGCGAGGUCGACCACCUCGACGACGGCUACCGCUGGCGCAAGUACGGCCAGAAGGCAGUCAAGAACAGCUCCUUCCCAAGGAGCUACUACCGGUGCACGGCGGCGCGGUGUGGGGUGAAGAAGCUGGUGGAGCGGUCGCAGCAGGACCCCUCCACGGUAGUCACCACCUAUGAAGGCCGCCACGGGCACCCAAGCCCCGUCGCCGCCCACCGUGGCGCACGGAUGCUAAUGGCCACCGGUGCCGACACCGCCUACUCGCUUGCCGCGCUCCAACAUCAACAACAUGGCUUUUUUCCGGCCGGUGCCGAUGUCUACGGGCGCAUGUGCGUGCCGCCCACUACCGCCGCCGCUCCGGCGGUGCCACACCGAUCGUCGGAGUAUGGUGGCAUGGUGUCGUACGCCGAUCUUCUUCCGGAUGCCGUGAUGGGCUACCAGCAAGGGCAUCGUUAAGUCAGUCACCAUGAGCAUGUACAUAAUAUAUCUAUCAUAGCUUCAGUUUGGCCUUAAUUAGCGAGGCAUGGAGCUCUGGCCGAUGGGCACAUACGAUUUUUUUUCAAACUGACAGGUACAAAUGUUUGUUGUCCAGGUUUUAUUUUGGGUGUUGAACUCAAAUUACUCAUAGCUAGCUCCCCGGUUGCAAACUUACAAUGCAAAGCAUAAUCAUAUAUGGCAAGGAUCGUACAGUGUGCAAUUCAGGAAUGUCAUGAGGAUUUUGUAACAACAAAUAAGUAAUUGUGUACA